AUGGCCGCCGUGACGGCAUCGACGCCAGUCAUUUCUUCGGCUGCAAGCCCGAACCAUCUUCGUACGCACAUGUCCCCAGACCGACUGGCCAUGGGCGACGACACAAGCCUCCAGUCAGGGUCGGCUCGAAUCCGGGACGCUCCCGCUUCCCCUGUCAGGGUGAACUUUCAGGCCGACAACUGGGCUCAACCCUCCAAUGCCAACAUUGAGAUGGCGCAACCUUAUCGAGCAGAAUUUUCCGUGGUUGAUCAACCCCCAAAACAAUACGCCCCUCCCCCUCCUAAGCACAACUCAAGCAACGACCAGCCCGGACGCCAAAUGCCAAGUCGUGAUGGAAAACAACUACCACCCCUCGCCACAUCGACCCCCUACACCGCCGAACCUGACCAUUCAAGUCCCGCGAUCUCCAGACCGCCCACUCAAGGUGGCAACGAUCAGAUCUACAUCGCAAAACGGGGGACGCAAGAGUCGCACAAUUUCAGCAUACCGCGGUCUCCAGAUGGCAACCGCCACAGUCGGGAGUCGGACGCAACUGCCUCAAGCACAGCGCAACAGCAAGCUUCGGCAGAAUCGUCUGCGACAACCAGUGCAAGUUCGAUCUCUGGCAACAAUGAGUCGCCCGAUUACAGAGAAGAGGAAUCCCCCGAGAGCUCAGUCGUAGACGGCAACAUGCCCGGGAACCAGUCCGUCCCCAUGUUCCAGUAUUACCACCACCAAGAAUACCCUCCUCGCGUUUCCAGCGUUCCCCAAGAGUUAGAUACCCGUCGUUCGUCUUCCAACCCCAGCCUCAAUGCCGAUGGGACACCCGUCAACCGCCACCUGACGCCGACUGGCUUCACCAGGAGAAGUUCGAUGCCGCGGCCAUCGUCUGCCUACUCUGCCAUUUCGGAUUAUGCGCCUAGAGGACGUUCACCCGGCUUAAUGCCCGGAGGUUCUCAUAUGCGGACUCCGUCUGGCACUCGUAAGUCCCCAGAAAACAGACCAACCUCGUACGCGGAGCUUUUGAAUGUGCCAUACCCGCAGCCUGCUCCGGCCCCAAUCAAUUUCGACAACAACCAGCUUAGAAGUGCCGUGGGCAAUAAUGCUUCGCUUCUCAGUGCCCAAAAGACCUUGGAGAUGUACCGCCAAAAUGUGAAGAAAACCAACGACUUCUCUAUUCAGUACUCCUUCGCCGUUUUCUUGAUUUCUACUGCUCAAGAGCAAGGCCUUGACCCGAGCGACCCCGCGCCACGCAAGGGCAGCUCGAACGCUCAGAACGGCCCAUCUGCCCCUCAUGAACUCCUUCGCGAGGCAAAGGGUAUCCUUCAGAAGCUCGCCAGCGGCGGCUAUCCCUUCGCACAAUACUACCUGGCCGAUGGUUACGCCUCUGGUCUGUUUAGUAAAGGGAAGGAGGAUUAUAACCAGGCAUUCCCUCUGUUCGUUUUAGCUGCCAAGCACGGCCACGCUGAAUCUGCAUACCGUACUGCCCUGUGCUACGAGUUCGGGUGGGGCUGCCGCAAGGACCCAGCCAAGGCUGUUCAGUACCUGCGCAUGUCGGCAUCGAGAGGACACCCGGGCGCCAUGUCUCGCCUUGGCAAGGCUUGUCUGUCUGGUGAUUUGGGCGAGAAGCGUUACCGAGAGGGCAUCAAAUGGAUGAAGUUGGCAGCUGAAGCAGCGGAUGUUGUUUACAGCGCGGCCCCUUAUCAACUGGGAUGCUUGUACGAGACGGGCUAUGGUGACGACAUUUUCCGCGAUGAGAGCUACGCUGCAGAGUUGUUCACAAAUGCUGCUGAGCUUGGCCAUCCCGAGGCCAAUUUCCGCAUGGGUGAGGCGUACGAACAUGGCAAACUGAACUGUCCCAAGGACCCUGCACUAAGUGUUCACUUCUAUACUGGUGCCGCCGAGCGUGGCCAUGCGGGCGCCAUGAUGGGUCUCUGCGCAUGGUACAUGGUUGGAGCCGAGCCGAUCCUAGAGAAGGAUGAAGAAGAGGCUUACGAAUGGGCGCGUCGUUCAGCAGAACUGGGUUACGUGAAGGCUCAGUAUGCCGUGGGCUAUUUUACAGAAAUGGGCAUUGGCUGUCGACGAGACAUCCUAGAAGCCAACGUCUGGUACGUUAAAGCCGCGGAUGCAGGCGAUGAACGCGCGAAGCAACGUCUGGCAAUCAUUCAAGCUGCCGUCAGCGGUGGCAGGCCAAUGGAAGUAGCGCCGCCGAGGAACGGCAAGGUCAAGAAGAACGGCGACGACAAGGACUGCAUAGUAAUGUGA